AUGUCAUCAAAUUCAAAUACAAAUCUUAAUGAAAAUAGUAAGAUACAAGGAACCCUUUACACAUAUGUUCAAGAUCAACCAAUAAUAAAGUUUUUGGUCCCUAGUAUCAGUGAUCAUAAAGCUUUGAGAGAUAAUGAUUCUCCACCGCCUACACCGCCUGUCAGAGAUUCCUCCAGCCUUAAGUCUAUUAAAUACGGACCAGGACAUGAAAAAUUUCCGUCGUGGCCUGUACCUGCGGCUGCGGAAACUCCACAGGAAGUCCGUUUCUGA